CAGUUGCUCUGCUGAGAAUUAGGAUUUUUCUCCUGCUGAUCAUAUUCCUACUUCCUGUUUCUCCCAUUUAUUUAUGUCCCUUCUUUCACGAGAGUGUAGGGGUUCUAGAAAUGGUAUAGAGAGAAAGGCUUCCAGACUUGAUGAGACAUGCCAUAGGAAAUAAUGUAGAUAAAAAAUGUAAAGUUACAUUCAUAUGGAAAGUCUUUAGUGAAGCACACAAGGAGAAGGGGACCACUAUACUGCAAACAGUAGUGGUACCUUCUCAAAGAAAUCAGCUUCUACUAGUAAAAGGCAAAUACAAUGUAACUAUCCUUAGUGUGGCUGUUCCUAGCUUAAACUUAAUUGUCCUUUAGGGAAGGAUGGAAAGGUCUGUGCUUUCAUAUUUAUUUUUGCCUGAUUCAAAUACAUUUCCUGUUGACAUUGUCAUUAAAUGCUGUAAUUUCCGAGGCUGAAUCACUCACGGUCAUGUUUGCCAUCUUUCCUGAAAAUGUGGGUUCUCAGAACAAAAUGGAAAGGCAGAAUUAACCUUCUGUUGGAAGCAUUUCCUCCAGAUAUUUAUGAGAUACUUGUAUUUGUUAUGUGCACUAAAGAACUACCCAUACAGGGAAACACAUCAGUUAUUCUUGUCAGCUGAGCAUUAGAAGAGAGAUGGUAUUUGACAGUAACACUUUUCUGGGGAGAGGAGGAGGAAACCAGGAAAAGGUGAAGGAGGAAAAUUGGUAGAUCUCAUUUCUCUGAGGGAAAAAGGGUAGACCAGUACCAUUCAGGCCAGUGUUUGCCAUCCCUUAAGUCAGCAUUGUCUAUCUUUUUCAAACUGCUGGCAUCUUAAGUACCUACAAUUGGUUCCUGUGUUUGCACAGCAUACUAUCUUACUUCUUCAGUUCAAAGGACUCAAAUGAUAAACAGUCUGAACAAUGCGUCCUUCUUCCUCUAUGGUCUCUGCUGCGUGUAGCAUGAGGCUACUUCUUCCUGCCUAAAUUGUGGUUAUGUUGUAGAAUUUGCUACUUUAGUUUUCAAAGACCUGCUUUUUACUGUGCACAUUCUUGUGACCAGGCCAUUUCUUGAAAGUGCCUGUGACAGCAAGUUGUGUGACCUUAAACUGGAAAAUGUGAUAGCUCACCACAGGGGUUGAAGUAUGGGAUGCAGCUAUACUUCUGGAAUGGUGUUUUCUGCAGCUUCCUCUAUUUUAGAGGGCUGCUGGAAUUCUGGACAUGAUAAAGUUUGGAGGGAAUAGACUCCCUCUGGGAUAUGUUCUUAACUACUCCUUUGUUGGCUAAGCAGAAAGACAUUUCAGGAAGUUCGUCAUCAAAAACGUAGUCUAUUAAGUGGGCUUUCUGAUGUGGCAUCUGAUAUAUUGCUUCACCUUUCAUGUUUCCUUCAUUAGUUUGUACAGAUAUGUGUGUACAAACCUGUUUGAUCAAUUUUUGGUGAAAUCUUAUUCAAGCUUGUUCUUGGGCAUAAACUAAAAUGGUAUGGUAUUACAGGAGUUAGCACAGAAGUGUAUUUGGCUGCUAAGCAGGUUUGUUCUUUCCAUGUAUGACUGUACUAGGAACUUAGACCAAAAUUAGUAUUAAAAGGUAAACAGUAUGCUUAAGUGAAUUCCUACCUAAUGAUAACGUAUUUAUAAAUCAGUAGGUCUGAACUAUGACUAAGUUUUACUCUAUUCAGACAAAGAAAAUAUUUCCUGGUAGUAUCAACUGAGUAAGAAAGGAUCUGGAUAAUAGUGCAUCUAGUGUAUUUAUUGAAAUUGUCUGCUUGAGUAUCCCUUGCCAGCAACAUGAGGCAUACAGACAUUAGAUCCAGUGGACAGAAAAUGGUUUUCUCCAGGGCAGUCUUAUCUUUACCAUGUAUCUUGAUGAGAUCUCUAAAACCCUUCAGUAAGUGCCCUGGGGUGGCUGUGAUUCAGGUGUGAGUGGAUGUGAGUGGAACACAGGGUUAAGUGAUCACCAGAGCUGGUGUCAGUGCCACUGGGGAAGUGAAAGUUUUCAGUAAACACACAGGAAGGGGAUGGGCAGGAGAAAGAGGAAAUCCUAUGUUGGAUGUCCUGGGUUCAACUUGUUCAAAAUACAUUGCAAAGUUCAUUUGAAUGUGCUGUUAUGGUGUAGCAGAGCAUGUAAAUGGUUUUCAAAGUACGUCUUUGUAACUACAGACCUACUGUUGCAAAAGAUCUGCUAAACUAUGCAAGAACUGGAGAAAAGCAUUGCAGCAAGUGAGGAGUGUGGGAAAACUUGCCUUUUAAGCAACUUUCCAGCUGUAUUGCUGGUGUGGCACUUUGCCUUCCUUUUUCUAUCUUGUGAGGUCUUUGCUCUGCCACUGAUUUCCAUCUGUAUUUGCACUGGCUGCAAGAGAGAUUGCAGCAGCCGUCCUGACACCAGUGGAGAAGCACCAGGCCAUGUUGAGGUGAAUACUCAGCCCACUUCUCUUGGAAAUAUGGGAUGUAUAAAAUCAAAAAGGAAAGAGAAUCAACAUGGAGAUGGGCUAGAUUUGAAGAAUCAACCAGUACGUAAAACUGAACGAACUAUUUAUGUGAGGGAUCCAACGUCCAAUAAACAGCAAAGGCCAGCAAAUACAGAAGCACAGCUCUUACCAGGACAGAGGUUUGUCAGUGAAGAAACAGAGGAGCACGGAGUCAUUGUGAUAGCUUUGUAUCCCUAUGAUGGCCUUCAUGAAGAUGACUUGUCCUUCAAAAAAGGAGAAAAAUUGAAAGUUAUUGAGGAGCUGGGAGAAUGGUGGAGAGCAAAAUCUCUCACAACAAGGAAGGAAGGCUUCAUUCCCAGCAACUAUGUAGCAAAAGUAAACACCCUGGAAACAGAAGAAUGGUUCUUCAAAGACAUAACCCGAAAAGACGCAGAAAGACAACUCCUGGCCCCUGGAAAUAGUCCUGGAUCUUUCCUUAUCAGAGAAAGUGAAACAUUAAAAGGCAGCUAUUCUCUCUCCAUAAGAGACUAUGAUCCACAGCAAGGAGAUGUUAUUAAGCACUACAAAAUUAGGAGUCUAGACAAUGGAGGAUUUUACAUCUCUCCAAGAAUAACUUUUCCCAGCAUCAAUGAUAUGAUCAAACAUUAUCAAAAGCAAUCAGAUGGCUUAUGCAGAAAGUUGGAAAAAGCCUGUAUUAGUCCCAAGCCUCAAAAGCCCUGGGAUAAAGAUGCAUGGGAAAUUCCACGGGAGUCGAUUAAAUUAGUGAAGAAACUUGGAGCUGGUCAGUUUGGAGAAGUCUGGAUGGGUUACUAUCAUAAUAGUACAAAAGUGGCUGUGAAGACUCUGAAGCCUGGAACGAUGUCUGUGCAAGCCUUCCUGGAGGAAGCGAACCUCAUGAAAACACUUCAGCACGAUAAACUUGUCAGGCUUUAUGCUGUAGUGACCAAAGAAGAGCCUAUUUAUAUUAUAACAGAAUUCAUGGCAAAAGGAAGUUUGCUGGAUUUUCUGAAGAGUGAUGAAGGAAGCAAAUUGUUUCUUCCAAAGCUGAUUGACUUCUCUGCUCAGAUUGCAGAAGGGAUGGCAUACAUCGAAAGAAAAAAUUAUAUCCAUCGAGAUUUGAGAGCAGCGAAUGUUCUGGUUUCGGACUUACUGAUGUGCAAAAUUGCUGAUUUUGGACUAGCGAGAGUCAUUGAAGACAAUGAAUACACAGCAAGGGAAGGUGCAAAAUUCCCUAUUAAAUGGACAGCACCAGAGGCAAUUAACUAUGGAUCUUUCACUAUUAAAUCUGAUGUGUGGUCGUUUGGGAUUCUCCUGUAUGAAAUCAUUACAUAUGGGAAGAUUCCUUAUCCAGGUAUGAGCAAUUCAGAUGUGAUGGUUGCUCUUCAGCGUGGGUACCGAAUGCCACGCAUGGAAACCUGUCCAGCUGAGCUUUACGAUAUCAUGAAAACGUGCUGGAAAGACAAAGCAGAAGAAAGGCCAACAUUUGAUUAUCUACAGAGUGUGCUUGGUGACUUCUACACAGCAACAGAAGGGCAGUAUCAACAACAGCCAUAGAGCAAAGAACACUUUUUCUAUUGACAUGGAUCAUAGGCACAGACUAUUAUUUGGACAGACUGCUCAAACCAAUUACUUCACAAGUUUGGAUGUCUUAACUGAGUGUGGAAGCUGAAAUGCUGAAGGAAAGAGUAAUUCUGCAGAGAAAAAGUAGUAUUUUUAUUUGGUUAAAACAGUUUCUCUAAAGCUUGAAGUUCUCCUUAAAUGCUCUGUGUUUUGCAUCUGCAGAAUCAUCCCAAAGCAAGCAGGCUUUUUGGGGUGGGGAGGGAGAAGGAAGGAAAGCCAUCAUGCACUGGUACAGUUUGCCAAUGCCUUCUUAGGAUCUAAGUUAUGCAAUAUAUUACAAAGAGGCCUCUAUAAAAGGGGCAAGACGAUGCCUGAACAGCUGUUUUCAAAAGAAAAAGUCAUGAAGGAGAACUUGGAGAUUGAAGACAUGGUGAUGUUUUUAAAUCAUCUUUUUUGAAAUGCAGGAUAUUGUGAAAAUUAUUUUUCUAUCUAUCUUUGUUAUCAUUGUUAUUUCACAUUAGCAUCUGGAGUACUGUCACCUCUUGUAAGACUUUCUGAACAGUGUCAUGGUUUCCUUUAAGGAAGGGUGAUGUAUGUUUCUUUACACCGAAGAUGAUUCUAGUUUACUGCUGUAUCACUCAUACUAAGUUUAAAAUCAUUCUCAAGGCAUCACAAGCCAUCAGAGCUGCAGAAGUGCAAUGUGAACACACAAGACAGCAGAAGCGGCAGCACACCUACCACUGUGUUCAAAGUCAUCAUCUGAAGUCCAUGGGAAAGCACAGGACGUUGAAGGAAGUUGAUAAUUUCAUUGCGGUCACUGAGACUGUUACCAGUGAAAAUAUUUUAAUCUUAAUUUUAAUCCUCUGUGAUUAUUCAAGACUAUUCCUUAUAUUUUUGCUGCUUUAAUCAACUAACCUCAAAAUGUGUUUUAAAGCUAAAACUAGCUCUAGCCCUAUCAGAAAUAACUUGUGGAAAUAGGCAAUAACGAUGCCAAGUUACAUUGCAGUGACACUAUAGGUUUGUUGCUCACUAUCUAAAUCCAAUUCCUAAAAGUGAAUGCAGUUUGCUAAGCUCUACCUAUCAACUUGUUCUGUCAAAUUACCUACCAAAACAGCUGAGCUAGUGCAAUUGCAAUGUAACUAUAGCAUAGAUUACUUUUUCGUUCUCCAAAGUGGCACUGGUUCUUACAACUGAAACCCAGUACAUCUUUGUCACCCCUCCACCCAGUUAUUUAGGCAAAUGGUACUUUGCAGAAGCUUAAAACCCUUUUGAGCCUCAGCGUGCCUGCAGUGAGCAGUAUAAAUAUUCAUUGCUUUUCUUUUUCCAUUGGCUUCAUUCAGUCAAACUGUGCAGUUUAAGCAGACUAUCAGUUAAAUAUGUAAAUAGUUUCUAUUGUAUGGUGAUUUUUAAUUUUAAUAAACACUUAAUCUGAA